AUGACGCGUGGGCGGCGCAUUGUGUCCCUAGCGGGCUCCAUUCUCAUCUCGCUUUCUGCGGGGAGUACGUACGUGUUUAGCUCGUAUGCGCCGCAGCUUCAGUCGCAGCUUAAUCUAUCCAGCACGCAGUUGAAUGUGCUGGGUCUUGCGGGGAACCUGGGCAUAGGCGCAUGGGUUAAUUGCCCUAUUUGGGUACUCGCAUUGUUCAUGCUCAUGACCGGUGUAGGCAACUCUGCCGGGAAUAAUUCUGCGAUUAAUGUGCAGGCAAAGAGCUGGGGUGGGAGCCGCCGUGGAUCAGCAAUGGCCCUGGUACUAUCCAUGUUUGGACUGAGUGCAUUGGUGUACUCGACCCUGUCGCAAGCCGUCUUUAAGGAGAACACUGCUGCAUACUUGCUCGCACUAUCCCUCGGCAGCUUUUUCAGUUUUCUCCUUGGUGCAUUCAUGGUGAAAAUUAUACCACCGGGCGAAGAUGAAGACGUGGAGACGCCAAGCAGUGACCAUCUAGUAAACCACCAGUCGCAAGAGUCCGAGCCACUGCUCGGACCUAGCCAUCGUCCGUGCGUCCGUUCGCGCUCUUCGUCGGAAGUGAGUGCGCGUGUAUAUGCGUGGCUUGAUGAGGUUGAUGAGUUAGGCGGAUCUCUUUACGACCCAGACGCGAACGAUCUCUCCGACAGGCAGAGUGCGCACAAAGGCGACAUCACAGGGUGGGACCUAUUCCGUGACACCGACUUUUUACUCCUGUUCACUGUGCUUGCGAUCGUCAGCGGUGCGGGACUGUUAAUGAUUAAUAACGUAGGAUCCAUGACCCAAGCACUGUGGGAAUAUAACAAGCAGCGUCCCGGCACCGGUGACACGAACACGUCCAAUUCAAAGUACGGAAAACACGAGCUCCUCCGAGUCCAGGCGCUGCAAGUAUCGCUCAUCAGUGCUGGCAAUGCGAUUGGUCGGAUUUUGAUUGGUGUUAUCUCGGACUAUUUCGUGCGUGUCACCAAGGAACCGUCCAUACGGACCUACUUUUUGAUUCCCGUCACCUUUCUCGCUUUUGCUUCGCAGCUUUUUGCAGCAUGGCCCGCCAAAACUGGGGACUGGCAAGUCUAG